AUGGAGGGACCAAAACCAGUUUCUGCUGCACAAGGAAGUUCAUCAAGGAAUCCAGAUGAAACAGAAGCAAAUACGAGAAAAUUACUGGAGGCAGCGCGAAGGGGAGACUUAGAGGAGACCUUAAAGUUGGCGGCGGCGGAGAGAGGAGCAAUCAGGGCAGAGGUGAUGACGUACUGGCGCGGAAGAGCACUUCAUAUUGCACUUACGUUUGGGCAUUUGCACAUUGUUGACAAGUUAGUGCAACUCAUGUCACCGGAGGAUCUUGAGCUGGCAACUGAUUCAAACACAGUGUUGUGUUCUGCUGUUUUAAAUAAGGACGAGAGUUUUAACAUUUCAGCUGCAAAAUGCAUCGUCGCAAAACAUGAUAGGUUGCUUACUCUUCCAACCCCAUAUUAUUGGAUUCCGGUGACAUGGGCUGUUGAAUUGGGCCACAAUGAACUGGCUCGCUAUUUGUAUUCUGUCACUCCAUUUCAUGUGUUGCGCCCUGAAAAUGGCAAAUAUGGCGCUGAUCUUCUCGUCAGGUGCUACUAUUCCAAAAUGUUUGAUGUGGCUGUGGACUUGUUGAGGCGUUGUCCAAGAUUAGCAAUGCGUAAUCAGGGUCAGGGAGCUGGGGAUAACUUAUUGUUGACGUUAGCAAAAGCACCUUCCUCGUCACUAGAUCAAAUCCGGUUCCCAUCUUGGAAAAGAUGGUUCUAUGAAAGGAUCCACGUGCACCUAGCCCAUGAAUUUACUCUAGAUGAAGUUGUUAAUCCCGUUGCGGAAGUUAAUGACAGCAUCAGAGAUAAUUAUGCAAGGAGUGCUGGUAGUGAUGUGGCUGUGGACUUGGUGAGGGAUUGUCCAAAAUUAGCAAUGCGUGAUCAGGGAGCUGGGGAUAAAAGCCAAUUCCCAUCUUGGAAAAGAUGGUUGUAUGAAAGGUUACUGCUCGGAUUGGUUGGGAAUAUUGACAAUUUAUUAGGAAUUAAGAAAAUACGCGAAGCAAAGUUAGAUCACCAACAAUAUCUUGCACUCUUACGUGCUACAUGUAGAGGAGUGACUCCUUUAAAUGAUAAAGAAAUACAAGAAAGUGGAAUAAGGAAUGCGAUAUUUGAGGCAGCAAAACGAGGGAAUGCUGUAUUCAUUGUGGAAGCAUUAAAGGUGCACUUUACACUUUAUGCGAUCCAUGAUGAAAAAAGGAGGCGCAUAUUUUCCCUCGCUGUGGAGUAUCGUCAGGCAAACGUUUACAAUCUUAUUCAUGGCCUUAGUGCGAAGCCUUUUCUUUCAACCUCCAUAGAUUACUUUGGAAAUUCCAUGCUACACAUGGCAGGAAUGCUAGCUCCUCCAAUACAACUUAGUCCAAUUCCUGGGGCCCUUUUACAGAUGCAAAGAGAAUUGCAGUGGUUUAAGGAAGUGGAGAGUAUCACAACACCGAUGAUAAGGGAACGUUUAAACGAUGACAAUUUGACACCCAGAGCACUGUUCACAGAACAACAUACCAAUUUGGUGAAAGAAGGUGAGAAAUGGACCAAAGAAACAGCUAGUUCUUGCGGUGUUGUAGCAGCUCUUGUAGCUACCAUCACUUUUGCUGCUGCUUUCACUGUUCCCGGUGGCAAUGACCAAAGCAAGGGAUAUCCGAUUUUCUUGCAUAAAAAGUUAUUUCUAUUGUUUAUAAUAUCAGAUGCAGUGUCACUCUUCUCUUCCACAACUUCACUGCUUAUGUUUCUGGGUCUCCUCACUUCUCGUUAUGCAGAGGAUGAUUUUCUCAAGUCACUGCCCACAAAGCUGAUGAUAGGCCUUUCCACCAUGUUCAUCUCUCUUGCAACCAUGAUGGCUGCGUUUUGUGCUUCUCUUUUCCUUAUGCUCCAAAACCGAUCAUGGAUCGUCAUUCCUGUGACUCUGCUUGCCUCUGUUCCGGUUACUUUAUAUAUUUGGUUGCAAUUUCCAUUGCUUGUUCUGAUCUUUAAGUCAACCUAUGCACCAGGCAUCUUUGAUAGAAAUAUUAAGCCUUGGCUUUGA